CCGAGUAAAGUAGCGUUAGGAACCACCUACUCGAGUGACUGAGAAACUCCAAACUAUAUUAAUUGGUAGUAAGUUUAACAGCAUGAUUCCGAUCAAGAUCAUGAGUCUGCUGCUGCUGGUGUUGAGCACAGCGUCAGCCGAGUGUCCAGCAGGCUAUGAAGUGGUCGGAUUGACGUGCAUUCAUCGUUCUGAAGGAGGAUAUCUCACGCACACAGACGCGGCCACAUACUGCCACCAAAUGUUCGGCAGGCUACCCGUACUCUCCGAUUGUGUUUCCUUCACUGAUGUUGCCACCUAUAUCGACGAUGGAGGUUCAUCAGACGCCAUAAACGGUUACUGGUUAGGCGCUACCAACUUGACGACAAACGGCGUCUGGCAGUGGAGCGACGGUGUGGCUCUGCAGAUGGGGGCACCGUACUGGGCAGCUGUGAGUGGAAUUCACGUGAUCAAUACAAAUCAAAUAACGAAACAUGAUCAAGCAUAGGGCAGUAACAAACAAUAAUUUGAAAGUAAGGUGGCAUGUUUAGAGUCAACGACACAAUGAUGUGAAAUGGAAACAUACGUUGGCUUAAAACUAGACGAAUUCUGAUAAAAAUAGGACACUUUCAUAACAAACGGUAGAUUGAGAUGCAAAUGAAAAUAGGCAGAAUUUUUUAUUCCUGCCUCAGUUGAAAAUGUUUGCAGUUUCAAACAUUUGAAACUGAGGCAGACAUUUUUUGA